CCGGCUGGAGGCCUGCGCGGUCACCGAGCGGCGCGCGCAGCCUCGGCAGUGCCUGUGAGCAGCCGCCGCCGUCCCGAGCGGUCCCAGCCGGGCCGGGUCGAGCCGAGCCGCACCGAGCCGCGUUGUUAUGAGGUCGGGCGCCGCCGCCUCCCCGUGAGGAGCAGCGGGUUCGUGGCGGCGCGGGGAGCGCGCCAGACGCCGGGGCCGCCCCGCGACAGGAAGCCAUUUUGUGGGCCCCCUCCUCCUCCUCCUCUUCCUCCGCCUCUAUCGCCGCCGCCCUCGCGGACGGCGGGGCCGGUGCUGCCGGCCGGGGUGGGCGAGAGGACCCGCGGCGGGGGCGCCCGGUGAGCGGGGGCGGCGGCAGCGGAGGCGAGCGGGGGGCCGGAGCGGGCGGCGGCGGCCGCCGCGCCUCCCGAUGGCGAAGAAAACCUACGACCUGCUCUUCAAGCUGCUCCUUAUCGGUGACUCGGGGGUCGGCAAGACCUGUGUGCUCUUCCGCUUCUCCGACGAUGCCUUCAACACCACCUUCAUCUCAACCAUCGGGAUAGACUUCAAGAUUAAAACUGUUGAAUUACAAGGAAAGAAGAUCAAGCUACAGAUAUGGGACACAGCAGGGCAGGAACGAUUUCACACCAUCACCACCUCCUAUUACAGAGGUGCCAUGGGGAUCAUGCUAGUAUAUGACAUCACCAACGCCAAGAGCUUUGAAAACAUCAGCAAGUGGCUCAGAAACAUAGAUGAGCAUGCCAAUGAAGAUGUGGAGAGGAUGCUGUUAGGAAACAAGUGUGACAUGGAAGACAAAAGAGUUGUCCCUAAAGCAAAAGGUGAACAGAUUGCUAGGGAGCAUGGGAUUAGGUUUUUCGAAACUAGCGCAAAAGCAAAUAUAAACAUUGAGAAGGCAUUCCUCACGUUAGCAGAAGACAUUCUUCGAAAGACCCCUGUAAAAGAGCCCAACAGUGAAAAUGUAGAUAUCAGCAGUGGAGGUGGGGUGACGGGCUGGAAGAGCAAGUGUUGCUGAACCUUCUCCUAUAUCACCAAUCGCCAUCCGCCGCCCCUUUUUUCUCGCUGCAAAACAAACCACUCUGCCCGUUUUUAACCUUAAACCAAUGUUUUGUUCCUCAUCUUAACAAGCUCCUAUCCCCCCUGGGUUUUCUGUUUAGGACAGCUUGCCUACUUUAAUUUUUCUUCUCAACCACAUGUCUAGAAAAAUCAUCUCCGUUGACUUCAUAUGUUUUUAUUUUUAAUGUACCUGCUCGACUUACCACUACGUUUUGGUUGUAUUAUAGUCCCGUUCCUCCCGACGUGACAACAUAGAGCAAUCGUAUUCAACUCAACUCUGCAAAUUGUAUAAGAAUAAAAGUUAGAAUUAACAAUU